CUGAGAGGAGGCUGAAAAAGAGACGCUAGGAUGAAGCCACGGGACUAACAACUGAUCAUUUAUUCUGUCGAAAGGAAAAGUUAUGGCGAAACAGUUGAAUCCAUGGAAGGGACCAGAUCCCUGAGGGCCAGAGGGCAUCAGGCUUCAUCACAGAUACCAGGGGACUUCCUGGAUUCCACUGUGAAUGAGAACAUGAGGCUUCCUAAACGCUUGGCAGCACACAGGCGUGUGUUGGUGCUGGGUGUGAUUACAGUUUUGCUGUGUUUGGCGAUGGUCUCUCUUCAACUGACUGAGACAGAGACAAGCAAACCUGUGGAAUGGCAUGUCAGCGAUGCACAUAAAAAGCAGGUGCAUGAGCACGUGCACAGAGUCCUGGAGAGCCAGUGUCGACCCGGCAGCACCAGGCAGAGCUUGUUAGCUCGACUGCCCGCUUCCAGUCACAUGACCCAGCCAUUUCUGUGGAAGGACGUGCCGCUCCCUGAAGACCUCUUCCUGUAUCCACCGCCAUUUGGGUUCAGAGGUCUUCAGAGAAAAGUGGAGAACCUGCUGAAGCAGCUGCCAGACUCUGACUCCCUGCCCCCUCCAGAAAAGAUGUCAGAUAAAUGUCAGCGCUGUGUGGUCAUGGGAAAUGGAGGCAUACUCAAAGGACUUGAGCUGGGCCUGCUGAUCGACCGCUUCGACACCAUAAUCAGGUUAAACAGCGGUCCUCUGGGAGAGUUCAGCGCUGACGUUGGAAAUCGAACCAGCAUCAGGAUGAGUUACCCAGAGGGCACGCCGCUCCACUGGAUGGACACAGACUCACACACUCUUUUUGUAUCUGUGGUGUAUAAAAGUGUAGACAUCAGCUGGAUCUCUGCUAUGAUCAACAAACACACUGUGCCUCUGUGGGACUGGCUUUUCUACUGGCAGAAGGUUCCAGAUCAAAUCCCUAUUAAGCCGCAGAGUUUCAGACUUCUAAACCCAAAUACCAUCAGAGAGACUGCAUUGGACCUACUGAAAUACCCUCCACCCGGACCACACCUGUGGGGAAGUGACCAGAAUGUGCCCACCAUUGGGGUCUCUGCACUGAAUUUAGCCAGUCUGCUGUGCGACGAGGUCAGCCUGGCGGGCUUCGGCUACAACCUCUCCCAGCAGGGAGCACCGCUGCACUACUAUGACCACCUGCCCAUGACCGCCAUGCUGAAGCAGACGUCACACAACGUAGACAAAGAGACUGAACUCCUGAGAAGCCUCGUCAGAGAGGGAGCCAUCACCGACCUGACGGGGGGGAUCCACUGCUCCUUCUGCUCCAGCUGACCCCCAAACUUUUCACUACAUAUUAUAUUUGUCACAAAGUGCUUUUUGAAGAACAAAGGGUAUGAAAAACAAAAAGAAAGUAACUUACUGCCCACCGGGCUUCACAUGUCUGUCAGUAUUUAAAUGUUAAAGGUCUCCUGUUGCCUUGUAGCAGCUAUUUCAUUCAUGGGACUUUUAAACUAACCAAUGAACUGCUUUAAAGUUCCCAAGCUAAAAAUUGUUGUACAAUGGAAAAUGUAGAAUUAUGUAGAAUUAAUUUAAAUCUGAAGCAAUUUUUGCAUUUUUGUGAUAUUGUGUAGAUUUGUUGUUAGUUUGUGUUUCACGCUGCUGAAAUGCGAGGACGCUAAAGAGCCCAUCACCUAUGUGAGCUGCGUCUCCCUGAACUUGACAUUGAUUGGUUUGUAUAGACGGACUCUCCCGUCCUCUCGUAUGCUCGCUCACCUCCUCUCGAAAAAUAUUGAAAGAGAGAGUUUUUGACACUGUUUCAAGUCUGUUAGUUAACCCUUUAACACCCAGGUCCACAUCAGUUUUCUUGAGCUGCAUUCUGUCUUUCACAAGGGUUUAAACCCCAGAAACCUGAGAAGAUUGGUUAAAUUUAUUUUAGAAAUACAGAAAAAAACAUAGUGAGCAACUUGGCAAGAAAUAUACUGCAAUCUGCAAAAAAAA